UGUAGUCUUGAGGAGUUUGAGGAAGUGCAAGUUCUCUUUCAAGGUUCUAAGAUCUAAAUCUUCACCUUCGGUUCUCCUGAGAUGACGAGAUGAUUCGAGUCCAUGAUCAUCUUCUGGACACGCUUGAGGAGCUGGAAAAAAUAGAGUUCAAGAAGUUUAAGCGCAACCUCAAUCAAGAUGUAGAGGGAUUCAAAAAAAUUUCAUGGGGUAAGCUGGAGGAUGCAGAUAAAAACGAUGUUAUAGAUCUAAUGGUAAAACAAUAUGGCUGUGAAGGAGCUGUGAAGGUCACACUGGCCAUCCUGAAGAAGAUACCCCGCAACCAGCUGGCUGAGAACCUGAGGAGCAUGGUCCAGGAAGCCGGUGGUUCCAGCAGCACCAGUCCAGCAAGACCUGGAGGUUCCACCAGUUCCCCUCAUUCUACCCAAGAACCAAACAGACAAGCGGCGACUCAGGAACUGAAGUCCAACCUCAAACGUAGCUGUGUGACCUUGUUUGAAGGGCCAGCAGCAAAGGUUAAACGUGUAAACCUGAAUGAGGUCUACACAAAGCUUUACGCAGUGGAAGGCUGGGAAGGAGGAGUCUGCUUGGAGCAUGAAUUCAUACACAAUGAAGCAGAAUCCUGGAGAUGUUCUACUGAAGAAAACAGAGUUAUGUUGAGCAAACUUUUCCAGUCCAAUGAGUCCAAGGUGCUGACCAUAGGAAUCGCUGGAGUGGGUAAAACCGUGGCCGUCCAGAAGUUUGUCCUAGAGUGGGUGGAAGGACAUCGCAACCAAGACGUGGAUUUCAUUUUUCUGAUUCGUUUCCGUGAUCUGAACCUCGUAAAAGACGAAGAAUACAGCUUUCAGCAGCUCCUUCUCUACUUCUACCCAGAACUCAAAAAUCUGAACGAUGCUAAGAUCUUUGAUGACGAAUGCAGGGUUCUCUUCAUUUUAGAUGGACUGGACGAGUUCAGGAUUCCACUAAAUUUUAAUCAGAAGAGACUGUCAGACGUCACAGAGAAGGCGAAAAUUGAAGUGUUGAUAACGAACCUCAUCAAGGGUCACCUGCUUCCUUCUGCUCUUAUCUGGAUAACGUCCCGACCAGCAACAGCAGAUCAGAUUCCCAACACUUACCGAGUGACUGAACUACGAGGGUUUGGUGACGUGGAGAAAGAAGAAUAUUUCAAGAAGAGACUUCCAAAAGAACAGGCCAAAAGACUUAUCUCAGAUAUUGCGAAGUCCAAAAGUCUCCAAAUCAUGUGCCACUUGCCAAUCUUCUGUUGGAUAAUGACUUCGGUUCUUAAACAACACCUCAGCAAAAAAGAGAGCGAAGAAAUUCCCAAGACACUAACUGAGAUCUAUACACGCUUCCUUGUCAUGCAGGCAAAUAUGAAAUGCGAGAAAUACGACGAAUCGCUUGAAAAAGACACAAGGAAUCUUCUGAAAUCCAACAGAGAAGUGAUCUUACAACUUGCUGAGCUGGCCUUCAAACAACUGGUAGAGGGCAAGGUGGUAUUUUACGAGGAGGACCUGGAUGAGUGCGGCAUCAACAUGAGGGAGCCAUCAAUGUGCUCUGGGAUUUGCUCAGAGUUCUUCUUGGAAGAAUCGUCAGUUUACCAAAGAAAGGUUUUCUGCUUUGUGCAUCUGAGCUUCCAAGAGUUCCUCGCUGCUUUCUACGUGUUUUACUGCUACGCCAGCAAGAAUAUGAAGCCACUGCACAUUCUUCUGAAGAAGACUGAAGAUAAAGAAGUGUCACUCGAUAAGUUGCUGUGCAAAGUAGUGGACCUAAACCUGUGGAGCAAAACCGGUCGCUAUAAUCUUUUCCUGCGAUUCCUUGUGGGCAUCUCUCUGGAGUCCAAUCAGAGGCUCCUUCAGGGCAUUCUGACACAUGUAGAGCCCAGUGCAGAAAGCAUCAGAAGAACCGUCCAGUACAUGAAACAACAGAUCCAAUCAGAGGACCUUCCUGUUGACAGUUCCAUCAACUUGUUCCAUUGCCUCCUAGAGAUGAACGACCAGUCCUUCUACAGUGAGACCCGAGAGUUUCUAAAAUCAGCUAAGUGCCCUGAGAAGAAGCUGAAGUCUGCUCAUUGCUCAGCAAUAGCUCACAUUCUGCAUAUUUCUGGAGAUGUGCUGGAUGAACUUGACCCAAAGAAGUACAAAGCGACAAUGGAAGGUUGUAGAAGGCUGAUCCCAGCUGUGGGGAACUGCAGGAAGGCUUUGUUUUUCUCCUGCAGUCUAACAGAGACGAGUUGUGAGGGAUUAUCAUCAGCUCUGCAGAAACUGAACUCCCCCCUGAGAGAGCUGGACCUCACCAACAACGACCUCCGAGAUCCAGGACUGAAGCUUCUCUCUGCGGCACUCGGGAGCCCAAACUGCAAACUGGAGAUCCUCAGGUUGUCUGGUUGUUUGAUCACAGAGAAAGGUUGUUCUUUUCUGGCUGAAGCUCUGAACACAAACCCCUCUAACCUGCGAGAGCUGGACCUGAGCUACAAUCACCCUGGAGAAUCAGGAACGAAGAUGCUCUCUGAUCUAAAGGAGGACUGCAACUACAGACUGGAGAAGUUAGAUGUGAGUCAUGGAGGAGAGUUCAGGAUUAAACCAGGAUUGAGAAAGUAUUCCUGUGGUCUUACCCUGGAUGUGAACACCGCUGACUCUUGCCUCUCGCUGUCUGAGGGAAACCGAAAGGCAUCGUGGGAGGGACUCCAGCAGGAGAAUCCCCAUAACCCAGAGAGAUCUGAUUGGCUCGCUCAGGUGUUGUGUGUGGAGAGUUUACGUGACCGCAGUUAUUGGGAGGUGGAGUGCGGUGGAAAAGCGACAGUAGCCGUGACCUACAGAGGGGUCGCAAGGAAAACCGAGACCGACGAGAUGUUCGGACCCAACACAACGUCCUGGAGUCUGACCUGUGCUGGUGACCACUACGCUCUACAGCACAGUGACCUCACCACUAAGGUUCCAGCCUCAGAUCCACAGUGCCGCAGGGUGGGGGUGUACCUGGACCAGCCGGCCGGCACUCUGACCUUCUACAGUGUCGCCUCAACCACAGAUACACCGAACCUCAUACACACCUUCCACUGUAGCUUCACUGAGCCACUGUACGCAGGGUUUGGGGUUAAUGGUGGGUCAUCUGUCACUCUGGUUCACAUGCAGUAAUGUAACUCACACAAAGCAAUCCAGACUGUUCUCAUACAGAGUUCCCCAAUGGUGGAACAAACUACCUUCUACUACCAGAUCAGGAGAAUCUCUCACUAUCUUUA